GCGCCGAAUGAGGAAAGACCAAGAAGAGCGCGUCGUGUCAUACGCUCGUCUCCAAGGAGCCGCAGAAAAAAAAAAAAAAAGAGCGGAGCCGGAGCGCGCGGUCAUGUCGCGGCCGUGAGGAAGACGCGAAAGUUUGGUGGAAACGCGCGAACGUGGCCGGUGUGUGCGCGUUCCCGAGCGAGGCGCUCGAUACCUGCGCUGAGAGACGGCAAGAUGGCCAGCGAAGAGAGACCCGCCGUACGCAACCGUUCGGGGGAUCCGAAGACGCCCGACACACCGGAGCGUGACGGCAAAUGGGUCGAGGGCAGCGCGGACCGCCGCUCGACAUCUAAUGGUGAGACGACCACACUGCGUAAAAUGGAGGUGGAACAUCUUAUUAGUAAGAAACAGCAGCUGAAGAUGAAGGCAGAGCACCUCAAAUUGGACCUCAUGAAGCAGUUUGACUCCCAGGUGAACGAGUUUAUGGACUGCCUGAUCGAAGAGUCAACCAGUCUGGAAUCUCCGCUGUUGCUGUCUUCGCCGAUGUCCGACAAGGAGAGGAGCAAAAUGAGGCAUUUGCGACCCUCUCAAGAUCAAGGCAAGCAGUUUGUGAUCCGGCGAUCUCUCUUGGAUGAGCUGUUUGAGGUGAACCACAUCCGCACCAUCUACCACAUGUUCAUUGCCCUGCUCAUCCUCUUCAUCCUCAGCACCUUGGUGGUGGAUUUCAUAGAUGAGGGCAGGCUCGUGCUGGACUUCGACCUGCUGGUGUAUGCGUUUGGCCAGUUGCCGCUGGUUGUGUCUAUUUGGCUCUGCAUGUUCCUGUCGGUGCUGGUGGUGCCCUACGGCCUGUUCCACAUAUGGGCCAGCCACCGUCAGGCAUCCCACCGUCGCACCCUGCGCUCCCUUUUGGCUGGCUUCCUCUACCUGCUCUACCAAGGAAUAGGCCUGGGCUUCUUGCCCACCUAUUUAGUGCUGAAGAAUGGCCUUCCUCCUGCCUCACGCUUCAUCAUCAUCCUUGAACAGGUGCGGUUGAUGAUGAAGGCCCAUUCCUUCAUCAGGGAAAAUGUUCCAAGAGUGCUGGCAGCUGCCCGGGACAAGAAUAGUAAAGAAACAAAUACCUCACUCGUCAUUCCCCAGGUGACUCAGUAUCUGUACUUCCUGUUUGCCCCCACACUCAUCUACAGAGACCGUUACCCCAGAAAUCCCUAUAUUCGAUGGGGCUACGUAGCCACUAAGUUCAUGCAGGUGCUGGGCUGCCUCUUUUACGCCUACUACGUCUUUGUGCGUCUCUGCAUCCCACAAUUCCGCAGCAUCAGCCUGCAGCUGUUUGAUCUCCGGGCCAUGGUCCUUUGCAUUUUCAACUCCAUCCUUCCAGGAGUUCUGGUCCUCUUCCUGGCCUUCUUUGCCUUCUUGCACUGCUGGCUCAAUGCCUUCGCAGAGAUGUUGCGAUUCGCUGACAGGAUGUUUUACAAGGAUUGGUGGAACUCGACCUCUUUUGCCAAUUACUACCGGACUUGGAAUGUCGUGGUUCACGACUGGUUGUACUACUACGUCUAUCGGGACAUCCUGUGGAUGUCGGAGAAGCGGUUCCGGGCAGCAGCUAUGUUGGUGGUCUUCACUGUGUCGGCUGUUGUGCACGAAUACGUCCUUGCAAUCUGUUUUGGCUUCUUCUACCCGGUCCUCUUCUGCCUCUUUAUGUGCUUUGGCAUGAUGUUCAACUUCAUCUUGCAUGAUCAAAGGAAGGGCCCCAUCUGGAAUGUGAUCAUGUGGACCUCACUCUUCCUGGGUCAGGGUGUUCUGCUCUGUCUCUACUCCCAGGAGUGGUACGCCCAGCGCUACUGCCCUUUACAGGAGCCAUCCUUCCUGGAUCUGCUAAAGCCACGCUCCUGGACUUGUCACCAGCAAACCUUACCUGCAGAGCACAUUGACUGAGCCUGACCCCCACCCCCAAACCAAAUGAAUGUGACGAGUAGGCAGCAAAGACAUGGACUUACCUUUUACGUUCGUUUUAAUGUGUAUCGUUGAAUUGCACUAGGACCGGCUCACCCUAGAUCCUCUCUUGUUCUGAUGGGGAAAGGAAGCGUUAUUCUGGGUUUGCAUGCUUGAGGGGGAUAUUGUUGUACGAGCUCAAAAACUGAAAUCUUGUGCAUGGGGGCAGCCAUUCUUUUUAGGUGAACGUGUUCAGUCAGCUAUUUAUGUUUUACAUACCUUUUGGUUUUAUUGUUGCCUUCCAGUUGAGUACAGGCUGCAUUUAUCAUUAGGAACUUGUGAACACAUUUUUUUUUUUUUGGACUAAUUUAAACUGACUUAUUUGUUAGCUACCGAAGUCAUGAAUACUUGUCUUUCUGUCAAGAACCUUGAUUAUUUUAGCUUACACAGAAUGUUGGUUUCAUAAUUGUUCCCUAUAUAAUAAUUAUGUUGCCAACUGCAGCAUUUUCAGCAAUGUAAGUUUGUAAACAAGUGUUCUUUGCUUGGGCUUUUAAAAUUAUUCCGGAGAAAUAAUAAUGACCGUUUUUGUUUAUUAUUACAUGUCAUUAGUAGUAAUAUUUACUUAAUUCACUUAGAUGUUGAGUAAGAGUCUUGUUUCGAAUCCUUUGACACUUUUGAGGUGAGCACUAUUGAUGUCAACUGCUGCUUACGCUUUCUCACAUUUAGCCUUCAUUAAUACAGAGGUUCUUUUCUCUGUAUAUUAUUUUUUUUUAUUCCACUGAGUGUCAAACUACCCAAAAGUCAUUAACAAGAAUACCGUGCCCAGGUAGAUAAUGACGAUGUCAGUUUACACAGUAUUUUUUCCAAAUGGCAUUAUCAGUAAAUUUUUUUUUUUUUCGUUUUAGGCAUUUAGAAUUUCACUGCCUCCCCAUUUAAUUUUGUUCUUAAGUCUAUAAUAAACCAGAUGAUUAAUAAAAUGGUAUAUUUAAUGCAUUUAAAUUAUUUUGACCAUUUAGGCAUAUAUGAAUGGCUAAUGGUUAAAAUCAAACACAAAAACUGUCACCUAACAUUUUCACUUUCUGCGUCAACUUUGUCGUCGUCGUGUACAAAGUAUGCAGCGUUUAACGUCUGAAGAACUAAAUGUGAUUUCCACUGUACUCUGAAUGAUUAAAUUUGUUCCUGAAUUCCUUGGAACCGCAGCGAUUUUCACAUAGAAAUGUAUUUUAAGGAUAUUUGAGUUUUUUUGUUUAAACACUGUAAUAGAAAAUAAUGGAUAACAAACCAUGUAUGGAAAAAUAUUUUGUACUGUACUUAUUGCAGCUGGCUGCAGGCAUACCUGUAGUAACCUUUUGAAUUUGCUAUAAUACUCCUAUUUACAUGUGCCAAAUCAGAGUUAACAAAUGAUGAGUAUAAAGUUUCUUCUGUUUGCAAUUCUUUAAAUGUAAUGGAAUAUAUUGUUAAUAAUUCUAUACAUAGAUGAUCAUAGUUGUUCUAUUUUACAGUUGUUUCAUGCAACACACAAAGUACUAAUUUCUAAAUAAAUGUAUUUCUUCAUUAAUUUGGAAUAUUUUCUGAGUGUAUGUAACUUUACAUGAAUCAGUUUUGAACAGCUCUCCUGCUGGUUUGUGUUGUACCUGUAUGAUGCGAACGGCUAUCUGGUGUCUCCUCCAGUCGAGACCCAUUCUGAGCACAGGAGGAGUUCUGUGACUCAGAUCCCUGUCUGACAGAUGUUAUCCAUUGGGGUGGUGAGGAUUUUGCUCGGAUAUAGUGUCUCGGCAUGCUAUUGUGUUCAUGCCACCUAGAGACACGUUGAGCUCCUCUGGGUUUCUGAGUAGUUUUUCGGGAAAGGUGUGCUAGUCCUUGAGCUGGCACUGCCUCUCCUCCGCUGUGACUAAUGGAUGCAAGCUUACAUUUCUGGAGACACUGGGCAGCGUCCAGCGUGUAAUAGGCUAUAUACGUAGCCAGGUAUGAGAGACGGUUGGGUCACAGAGCUGGCAAUAAAAUGAAUACUUUAAUGCCAAGUAAUAAGGGUGGAAUCUCAAUGGGGUGAUGUGUAAUUUUUUAAAAUUUUUUCUAUUUGUAUAUUUGAAGGUAAAAAAACGUGGUAAAAUGAAAGCAUGAAAAACUGCACAUGACAAAUGAAAACACCUAAGCAGUGAUAUGUGAUUCUGCUUUCCAAAGAACAGAGGUAUUGUGUUAUUCAAGGGAAGUGUUUACUGUUUCCAUCUGCUGUUAUUGAGACCAGUGCCCUUUCUAGUGGGGAAAAGGUUUUCUCUUUUUUUUUUUUU